AUGAAUUUCCCAAGGUGUAGCUAUCUUGAUAAUUGCUAUCGCAUUGCAUAUGGAAUAGAUCCUCCUGGUGAUAAACUUGAUACUAAUAUUGACAUCGCUGAUGAUUCUACAGACACUGAAGAAAUGACCCUUGACGAGCCUCUAAAAAUCCCUCAUGCCAAAAAGAACAAGUUUGGCAAAAGCAUUUGCUUUAAACUCCCAAACGACGUCCUCCACUGCACUGUGUAUCCUCUGGUCAGGUUUGAUGAUUCUAUGGAGAUCACAAUUUCACUGGAUGGUAAAUUCAUUGAGAAGAAGCUAUUGAAACGCAUCCCAAAAGAUGCAUCAGAACUCCUCAAUGGAGCAGUCGAUCAGAACAAUUUGUUGUAUGCAUCGGCGGAAGCCAAAAUCCGCAGGAUGAAAAAAGAAAUGAAUGAAUGGGAAAAAGUGGAUGAUGAUCCAUUGCUCCAGUUUGGUGAGGAAAUGGCCCCUUUCUUUGUUGAUCGUCAUGGCCGUCAUCAAGAUAGCUACACCUUGGACACAGUUGAACAGACAGUUUCAUUCUGUGUAAGAACCCUUAGUUCGAUGAAGGCAAACAGACUCCCACCAGUUAUCAAGUCUAAGCAGAAUUCACCUGCAAGGUCUAGCACUACACGGUCCACUGCCAGCGUUAGCGGCCAGUACAUCAACACCGGCUUUGAGGAUAUGCAGAUUGAGAUCCCGACUGAAGCUACCACCACUGCCGCAACAGCUGCCCCUGGCUUUGUUCCCCAAAUGAGCCCAGAGGAGUGGGCAGCAAUGCAGAAGGUCAUCAAGAUGUUCGGUCAAACUACUCUUUGA